UUCGGUUUGGCUGAGAUGCGUUGGCGACGUCUUCUCGGAUUUCUUGACCAAGCUGAUGAACCCCUCCGUCCGUCUCGAAGUGGAGUGAGAGAUCGAAGGCAAGCUCUCCUGUCUACCACUCCUUUACUUUAUCAUGGUAUCAGAAAGCUUGCUUGGCCUGGAAACAGCCCAGAUUUAAAUCCAAUUGAAUGUUUAUGGAAUGAUAUCAAAGGCUCUUGCGUCGGCGACGGCGAGAGCACGUCCGCCGGACAGUCUGGCACCAUGGCUUCGUCCCUCACCAAAACUGCGAACUUUAUUGCAAAAAUUGGCCCAUUUGUCAGUGGGACGAGAGCAGUCAUUCAGGCUCCUAGUAUUUUGCAGAAAAGGAGUUUUACUGCUUCUAAGCCUUUCCCGGUUGCGCAAUAUGGCGGUCGCUUCACGGUUACCAUGCUUCCUGGUGAUGGUAUUGGGCCAGAAAUGAUGGGCUAUGUUGAGAACAUCUUCAGGUAUGCAGGUGUGCCAGUUGACUUUGAAGAGGUUGAGAUUACCAAGAAUUCAUCUGAGGAAGAAUUUGCAAAUGCCCUUACAUGCAUUAAGAGGAAUGGUGUUGCUCUUAAGGGUAGCAUUGAAAGCAAGUAUGGAGAAUCAGGAUCUUCUCGCAAUGCAACCCUUCGAAAUGAGCUGGACCUCUUUGCCAAUGUGCUCCAUUGCAAGUCUUAUCCAGCUGUGCGAUCUGUGUAUCAGGAUGUGGACAUUGUUAUUAUUCGUCAGAAUACCGAGGGGGAAUAUUCCAUGUUGGAGCAUGAAAAUGUGACCGGUGUCAUUGAAAGUUUAAAAAUCAUCACAAGAACUGCUUCAGAGCGCCUUGCUCGGUAUGCUUUUGAGUAUGCUGUAAGCCACGGCCGCAAGAAGGUUACAGCGGUGCACAAGGCAAAUAUUAUGAAAUUGUCAGAUGGGCUGUUCCUGCAAACUUGCCGUGAUGUAGCAAAGAAUUAUCCAGAGAUUGAGUUCUCUGACAUGAUUGUAGACAACACUUGCAUGCAACUAGUGGCCAGGCCUCACCAGUUUGAUGUAAUGGUCAUGCCGAAUUUGUAUGGUACUGUUAUUUCUAACGUGAUCUGUGGACUUGUUGGCGGGCCAGGUCUUCUGUCAGGCAGAAAUUAUGGUGAUCAUUUUGCUGUGUUUGAGCCUGGCACCCGAAAUACUGGAACUGCAGUUGCUGGUCGGAACAUUGCUAAUCCAGUUGCCAUGCUGAAUGCUUCAUGUGACCUGCUGGAACAUCUCAACCUGAAUAAUCAUGCAACCAUGAUACGAGAUGCCAUCAACAAGACAUUAUGUGUUGACAGGAUUCACACAUCUGAUUUGGGAGGUCAGGCAACCAGUCUUGAUGUUGUGCAAAACAUCAUUCAAACAAUUCAGACAAGCACUUCCUCCAGCAAGUGGUAACUUAAACUUCUAUCUCAACACUUUCCUGUAGCUCCUCUCAGCAUAAAACGACACCCUUUGUGAAGACAGUGAUCUCUUACCCGGCAAAAUCGGGGUCAGCGCCGAGCCACGACCACCACCGUCACAUUCACUCUGAACAGGGUGCUUUAAUGUAUCAUCACACCGAAAUUCGGCCUUGAGUCUUUUCCGGGCACCAGAAGAGUCGCGAUGAAAGGUGAUUUUCACUGUUCAUUGAGCGCCAGUCCGAAGGGGCGCUCAUCGCUCACUCGCAGCCCAUUGCAUCCCCCGGCGUGGGUGUCGAUAUUGGGAAGGUUCUUGUUUGCAUUUAAUUACAUACUUGUGUUUCUGUUUAUAGUUUGGGAACACUUUUUGUCAUUUCAGUAUGGCUUUACAUUUGUUUGUCCAUGAAUUGUUUUAUGUAUACUGUAAAUAAUAGAAACAAUAUAUUCAUAUUUAUUAACAUCAAGGGCCUGGAGCAUCAAACAUUGUGACAAGCCGUAGUAAGGCACAGGCUAUUGGCUAAUAACGCUGAUUUGUAAUGUCUGAUCAGGAGGUAAUCAAGAAGGCAAAUCUAUAGCAGCAUCUUUGUAAAUAGUUUAGUAUGGUGUAAUUGUUAAUAUGAAUUUAUUUUAAAAA